AUGGGGAAUCAGGAAAUGGCAGAGGAGUUGAUAUUUUUGGCUAAGCGGAGUGCAGGAAGAUCCCACUGUUUCCAAGACCUCCGUGUUGGAGUUUAGGAAGAGGUUGCUCCCAUGGGAGUAGAUCCUGAGAAGAUUUCUUAUAAAGAUGCUGGAACUCAUUUAACUCCUGAAGAGUCCCAUAGAAAACUAGAAACAUUGUCUGACAGUGCAGAUUUUAAAAAAAGCACCACUCUCUUGGACUGCAGUAAUUUCUAUGAGAGUGAAACUGGAAAUUUUCAAAACUGCAUUGCCCCUAAUAUCCGGAAAUUCAGCUAUUUUCCAGAUUACUUAGAUACAAAUUUGGAAUGUUUCAAGGACUAACCGGUCCUUAUGUAUUGUACAGGAGGAAUCAGCUGUCAAUGACGCUCAGCCUGUCUAAGGUCAAAGGAUUUGUGUGAGGAAGUUUACCAGCUCAAGGGUGGAAUUCUCAAAUACCUUGAACAGUUUCCAAAUGGUUUCUGCAGGGGAAAGUUGUUUGUUUUUGACAAUUGCUAUGCCAUUUCUGCCAAUGAUGACAUUAUUUCAGAGUGCAGCUAUUGUGGUAUCCCUUGUGAUGAAUACAGACUCUGCAGUACUUUUUACUGCUGUCAGCUUGUUUUGUCCUGUGUUCAGUGUCCAAAAAGGCUUUCUAGCCAGUUGUAUUGUGUGGCAAGAAAAGGGAAACUCAGCAUCCGAAACACAUUCGGGCCGUACCAGAAAAAGGGAAAGUGA